AUGCAUCUCCUUGAAUUAUCUGCUUUUCAAAAUCAAGAAGCUCACUCCGAGGAAGAUUUUCGCUUGGAGAAUUCACUCAAGGAACUCAGAGAUUUGCGCUCUCAGCUUCAUUAUGCUGCUGAUUACUGCGAAACAGCAUUCUUGAAAGUCAAGGAGACAAAAGAUGCUGUGGAAAACACAAAAGAAUACAUAUGCAGGGCUCUGGUUACUGUUGUUGACCAUCUGGGAAGCGUCUCUUCUAAUCUUGAACACUGCAUUUCUGAUACCAAUGAUUUUGCUGAGGCAGAGCUUCGAAUCAGUACCCUUAAACAAAGACUUCUUUCAUGCGAACAAUACGCUCACAAGCUUGCUCUAAACAAAGUAAGAUGGAAUCCAGCUUUGCCAAACUAUCACCGGCGUUAUUUAUCAGCUCCAAUCACAAAUGUUGUGAAAUCAAAUGAAGACUCCAGAGACCUCAAGUUUCCAAGGGCAGCAAAAGUAACAUUUAAGCAAGAAUCUGACAUUAAGGAAGUGCCACUUUUCAUUCACACGUACACUGACAAGUUAUCACCAGUUACGAAUCCACCAACAAAAACCGCAACGGAGAACUCUGAUCCUAACACUGCUUUAGUGUUGCCUGUUCGAGAUGGCUUCUCAAUACUGUCAAAAGGUCCAAAUCCUACCUUCCACUUCCAGCUGGGCUCUCCCAAGUAUGGACGCAAGAGUUUACACAGGAAAUCAUCGCAGAGUGCUGAAAUUAUGUCCCUCAUUCGGCGAAUUAAACGAACCGUAUAAAUUAUUCCAUCUUUUGCCGUUUAGUUUAUGGUUUUCCAU